UGGGGUUGUAGGCAUGAACAGGCACUGAAGGCGAAAAAGUGCUCCGGAGGCGGCGCCGGCGCCCGCACCUGCAUCGACAGACCCCACGCCGAGCAUCAACACUUCCGGCAACACCCUCGGCGUCGGCAGCAGCGGCUGCCGUGACACGAAUAGCGUCAGUAACAACAACGGCGAGGGCAUCCCCAACACCAACGACACCGGCAGCCACGGCGGCAGCAAUCACAACUACGGCGAGAGCACCACCGAUACCGGCGGAGGCGUCGAUCGUUCUGCUGGGAGGUUCGACGGAGGAGCCUCCUCCUCCUCCCUGUCUCGGACGACCUCUGGCGGUGGCGGGCCCUCCCCGACCCCCCUCCGCACGGCAAGGCUGAGGACGGCGCACACGCCCCGUCCUGUCGUAGACGUAGCCUCCUCGCCGGUGCCGGCGGCGCCGGCAAUGCCACCUGCGAAAGAACGCCUCCGUUCGCAGUCGCGGGUGCGGCAUCAGCGGCGGCGGCACCGAACGAGGAAGUUUAUUCGCUGUUGUCCGAACAAGCCGCGCUGAAGCUAUCGGCGGGUGGUGGGCCGGCAGUCAUGUCGACGUCGUUUCCGAUCGAGCCCGCAAGAGUGCCAUCUCCCUGGGAGGAAAGGAGGCCCGCUCCUCCCGACGGCGACGGCGGUGGCGACGGCGGCAGAGGCGAAGAGCGGGGGCGGAACGGCUCGCCCGUGCGGGGGAGGAAGGAGGAGCAGGCGGGCGCCGCGGCAGCCGUAACGCCUCGCUGCAGGCUGUUUUUGCGGCUGGGUGGCGGGGCAACCAACGUCUCCGUUGCCGCCGCUGCCGCCGCCGCCGCGUUCUGAGCCGGACACCACAACCGAGCGGCAGAAGAAGCACUCGAAGGCGGCGAUGGCCGGGGCCGGGGAAGAAGAACGCUUGAGCAGCUCUCGGUGAGCGGCUCCGCGAUCCGCGGCGGGGAGAGCGUGCCUCCGGCCGCCUGGCUCUUCGCGGGAGGAUAAGCGGGCGGUCCUCGGCGCCGACUCUGGCAACGGCGGCGGUGGCGGCGCCAACGUUCUUGAUGUGGACAAUGGUGAUCUUUCGGGCGGAUUGCGAGACUACACCGCCGUGGGCUUGGAGAUGAGCACUGUUGGCGGGGCGGGAGGUUCCACCGCGUUGAAAAGCAGCAGCAGCAGCAG